GCAGUUGACGUGAGCACAGCACUGCCCUUGCAAGUUGCCCCAACCUCAGUCCCAAUGGAUCUGCGCCUGGACCACCAGUUCCCCAUGCCCGUGACAGAGCCGACGCUCCGUGAGCAGCAGCUGCAGCAGGAGCUCCUGGCGCUGAAGCAGAAGCAGCAGAUCCAGAGGCAGAUCCUCAUUGCCGAGUUCCAGCGGCAGCACGAGCAGCUCUCCAGGCAGCACGAGGCCCAGCUGCAUGAGCACAUCAAGCAGCAGCAGGAGAUGCUGGCAAUGAAGCAUCAGCAGGAGCUCCUGGAGCACCAGAGGAAGCUGGAGCAGCACCGGCAGGAGCAGGAGCUGGAGAAGCAGCACCGGGAGCAGAAACUUCAACAGCUGAAAAACAAAGAGAAAGGAAAGGAGAGUGCAGUGGCAAGCACAGAAGUAAAGAUGAAAUUACAAGAAUUUGUUUUAAAUAAGAAGAAAGCUUUGGCACACCGGAAUCUCAACCACUGCAUUUCCAGUGACCCUCGCUUCUGGUAUGGGAAGACACAGCACAGCUCCCUGGACCAGAGCUCCCCACCUCAAAGUGGCGUAUCCGGCACCUACAAUCACCCUGUCUUGGGGAUGUACGAUUCCAAAGAUGACUUCCCACUCAGAAAAACAG